AUGCUCUCAGAUCCAAGGUCCGUAACCGAAACGGGGGUGUUCACAAGUUCUGAGCUGCGUGUAUCUGUUCCGCAUCGUGCACCAAGCUACUGUAAAUUAAUCAAUACUCAAUCUGAGACCGGAAAGAUAGCAAUGGGAUGGCGAUGGUACCCAAAUGAGUGCCCGUUAACUGCGGAUCUAGGAAAGCAGAAGCGACUUCAUAUGGCUGUUAGGCCGGUACCCGCAAACUUGAACGCCUAUGCCGUACCUAAUCUACUCGAUAAUACCGGCUUCAGAUGCGGUCUGUCAGGGGACUCACGAAAUUUGCCUAGAAGGCGGCCUAGCGAGAUCAAGCGGGAUCAGGUAGUUGAGCGGAGUAUGAAGUGGUUCGCGGCAUCUCUCGGCAGAAGCUUAUUAUUAUCUGCCGGUGUGAACUCCGAUGCGGCUGGAAAUGCCCUUCCACCGGUACAGUACUGGGUGCCAAACACUUACUUGGCAAAAGCAAAUAAUAUCAUCUAA